CACAGAAUUAGAGAAAACCGAACUUCUAGGAAAACAUAUUUCAACUGCAGAUUACCUCGUUUUUGAACCACAGAACUCUAAUUUCGAGUUAAGAUGAAAAAUAAGUUGAAAUUGGAUUAAUAAAAUAAGUCUCGCCAUGUCUUCGAAAAAAGUAGAGGUGGAUAUAGAAUAUUGUUCUGAAUGUGGCCUUCACAAGGAGUUUCAAACUGUGUCAUAUGCUUUGAAAAAGGGAUGUCCCAAUGUUGAAGUAAGAGGACAUGAAGGAAGAAGAGGUUCCUUCGAAGUGAAAAUGAAUGACACUUUGAUACAUUCAAGACUUGAUUCCUUAGCAACGCCAGAUUAUGAAGAUUUAUGUAAAAUUUGUACAAAUCUUUCACUUGGAAGACCAAUUCCACCAAGUUGUAAAACAAAGAAUGAUUGUCAAAUACUUUGAGAACUAUAUAUGAUAAAAACGAAUAAUUAAA